AUGGGGUCAUGGAUCAGUGGAACAGACGACUUGGCUCUACGGGGUACUUGUGAAGCAUCGCCACACUGUCGGGCAGCCUACAGCUGGACACUCAUCGAACGAUACCCCAACGGCACAGAGCUUACUCUCACGGCGGAGGAAACAGCCCAGGCCACCGAAGGUCCGUCUUGCCUACACAAGGGCAAACCGGACUAUUUAUUAAAAGUAUUCCACUAA